AUGUCAGAAUCUGAUAUCGCUGAUCUUUUUCCGACGAUGACGUUAGAGGAUACGUUGAAGAAGGAGGUGGAGGUUGAAGAUGGGUUGGAGAAUAUUUCAGGAAAGUUAAAGGAGGAGAUAGAAGAAGAUGGGACUCAGGCACCGUCGAAGUUGAAGGAGGAGGUGGAAGAAGAUGGGACUCAGGAGCAUAAUUCAGGAAAAUUGAAGGAGGAGGGGAAAGAUGGGAGUCGAGGAAAGUUGUUGAAGUUGAAGAAAAGGAAGAAGAAGCAGGAGGGGGAAGAAGAGGAGUGGAGGAAGUAUGUGGGGAUGAUGAAGUCCGCGGGGAUGUUUUCGGCUCAAAUAAGAUAUCCGGAUGGUCAUCGGGUAUGGUUGGGGACUUAUAAGUCACCCAAGGCUGCUGCUUUGGCUUAUGAUAAAGCUGCUUUCAAGCUUUAUGGUUCUCAAGCCACGCUUAAUUUCCCCGAUAGGAUCCGCACCUCUGAUCAUAAAAACGACGGUCAGACCAACAAAUAA